CCCUCCCCUCGAAACCGAAAGUUGGAGCUGACUAUACAUGGCGCAAUAAGACUAAAAGCUGUCGACCGGUGAACUGAACAUAUAGUUUUUUUAGUUUCUUUUUUAUGUAGAUUAUUUGCCCGGAAACGUUCAUUUCUAACGCGUCUAUGUCUUAAUAUUUCCACUAUGUUUUCUCAAGUAUUAAUGUUAGCAUAAUGUUAGCAUAACAGUGGAGAGCGUCAGAGUGUAUGCUAAAGUAAUGUCAGCACGGGGGAGUCAUUUUGUGGAUGGAAAAGUUAUUUUGUUAAAUAACAUUUAGUCGACUAAAAUUCCUUCUACUGCUGAGGUGUGUGAGUCUAUUACGACUGGAGAUAUGGACCCAGACACUGAAGUGGAAAGCAUCUUAAAGCAGGGGACUGACAGGGAGAAGAAGAAGAUGAGGCCACCCUCCAGCUAUGGUUCAAUGAAAAGUGACAGUGAAGAGAUGGAGGAGGAAGAGGAGGGGGACAAGGAGGAGGAAGAGAAGAGGGACGAGGAGGAGAACAAAGGAAAUGAAGAAACGUUUGCUGUACUAACUGAAUUGAAUGCUCAUGAGGCGACAGGGUUUCAGCUGAUUCGCUCAGAGUCUCCAGAGACCCUCUACACUAUGACAACACAGCAACAACCACCAGAAGCUGCUGUCAUUGACACCAGGUCUUCUGAUCUGGGGGAUUAUGAAGAAGACCAUGAGGAGGACAUGGAUGAAGUUUUGAUAACUAAUUCUCCAGAGCCACCUGAACCUGUUGAACCAGAUGACGCAAUACAGACUGAUGAGAACAGCCAGCCAGGCAGACUACACCCAGAACAAGACUUGCCCCAUAUAUUUAAGAGUAUCCAGAGUAGUCUGACAGGCUUCACUGUGGAUGAGCUGUACAAAUUUAAGUUGUGGUUUCUACAAUGGGAAAAACGCAUAACCAAGCAACAAGUAAUGGAAGGAGACGUUCUUGAUUUUGUGGACAAGAUCCUGGAGAUCCUUGGUCAGGAUCGUUCCCUGAUGCACACAAUAAGUACUCUAGAAAGUGUUGGCAAGCAAGCAGAGGCAGAUGAACUACGGAAUCAGUGCAAGAGAGCAUUGAUCCGUAUUCAUCUGAAGGAGUAUUUGAUCAGAAAACACACAGUCAUCCGUGAGGGGGUGGUUAGAGCCGGAAAGCAGAAUCUUCUAGACAUUAUCUACGUUGAGCCCCAGAUUUCCACCUGUGGGUAUCGAGGAGUUCACCCUUCCCAUGAGGUUGAAUCACACCAUCUCUCAACUCUCCAGUUCCCCAGCGCCGACACCUUCGUUGGUGUGAACAAUUUGUUCCGACUACAGAAGGAGGACGGCAAGCCAGUGAGGACAGUGCUGACCACUGGGAUUCCAGGAAUUGGCAUGUCUGUCUCUGUGGCGAAAUUCUCCCUGGAUUGGGCAGAACUGCGUGCCAAUAAGGAUCUGCAGUUUGUCAUCAAGCUUUCCUUCCGCACUUUCUGGUUUCUGCGAAACAAAAACCCUUCUCAGAAGAUGUCCAUCAUGGAAGUGAUAGCUUAUCAUCAUCCGGAGUGCAAAGAAAUGAAAUACUUGGAAGAAGAGGGCUGUAAAUUCCUCAUCAUAAUGGACUCCUUUGAUUGUUACCAAGCUCCUCUGGACUGGGAGAAGGCUCCAGUAAUAAAUGACAAUAACACCGAAGCACAGCCUGAUGUCCUGAUUGUGAAUAUCAUCCGAGGCACUGUGCUCCGUGGUGCCCGCAUCUGGAUCCUGGGGAGAAGGGCUGCUGUCUCACAAAUCCCAUCUCAAUUCAUAGAUGUCGUCACAGAAAUACAGGGCUUUAGUGAUGAGAUGAAAGAUGACUAUCUGACCAGACGCUUCAGAGAUGCAACGCUGGCAGCGAAUAUUGUGGCACAUUACAGGCGCUUGCCAACACUCGUUAUGCUUGCUCAACAGCCCUUUGUCUGCUGGAUGGUGGCAACAGUGUUUGAGCGCUGCUACCGUUAUCGGGGCUAUGGGGUACAUCCCCCUAGACUGACUCCAUUCUACAUCAACAUUUUGAUUGUCCAGACCAAUCGCAGGCUGCAGUUCUACUAUGGAAAGUGUGAAAAUAACCUGAAAUGGUCCACUGAUGACAAGAACCUGCUGUUAAAGAUGGGGAAGAUGGCCUUUAAGAUGCUGGAGAAGAAAACCAAUGUGUUCUUUGAAGAGGACGUGAAGGUUUACGGCCUGAAUUUGACGGAGGUGACGGUGUUCUCCGGCCUGUGCACUGAACUCACAGCUGCAACCUCAAAUGGGAGGAGGACGUUCUGCUUUAUACAUCUCACCCUUCAGGAGUUCAUGGCCGCUUUGUACGUCUUCGCAAUGUUCCACACAGAAUCUAAGAACGUUCUGGACUCAGGGAUGUUGUCCAAGUUCUUCACAUCUAAGUAUCAGACCAAAACUGCAGCAGGUCUAGUCCAGUGUGCCUUGGACCUAACCCUCAACUCCCCGCUGGGCGAUUAUGACAUGUUCCUACGCUUUCUGUGUGGCAUGCUCUCCCCAGAGUGCCAUGCUAAUCAGCUGGGUGGGUACUUGUACCCCCACAAUACUCCGAAGGUGGGUGGACUGGAUGAGGUGCGGGGGCUGCUAGAGCAGACAAUAAAGACUCCAGCUCCAGAAAUCAGGUUGGAAAACUUGAAGGAGUGCCUUAGAGAACUGACCCAGCAAGAUGAGUGAGUUGGGGUAAAAUUGUGUCAUGAAAAUCAGUGCAACUUCAUAUGGAUGUGAUGGAUUAAAGAGAAGCAGCGCCUGCUCUGUCAUAGAUCUCUUCAAGUUUCUAGCUCAUCGUAGAAAUCGUGUGAAAAAAAUAUGACACUCAAAAUGCUGAAAGUGGACAACAGAACUCAAAAUAACUUGUUCAACUCUGUGUCAUUUUGGCUUUGAUAACAUUAAGUUUCAUGUUUGUUUGAUUGACAUCAAAGAGUCUGUGUCAGUAAUGUUAUUACUGCACCCGCCUUAAUAAAAUGUCGGAUAUGCAUUCCAGUACAGCGGCGUUUAUGCAAUACUAGAUUGUUUGUCAUGUCUUACAAUGAGCACUAAUGAAAAUGCAUUCUCACAGUGGAUUUUAAGUCUUUCAGAUGUUGUUUUUAUUUUGAUGUGUUGCCUUGUGAUUUGUGAAAUGUGAGCUUAACAGCAAGAAUCACAAGCUGUGAUAAUGGAAUCUGACUUUGUUGAUUCUGACUUUGACCUUGUGUUAUAUUGCAAUAUGAAACAGAUGUGUUUAAAAUGUAUGCAGGUGAAACCAUAUAAUGCAUUGCUGGUGCCAACACAACAGUUUACUAUAUGGCUUGUCAGAGGAAACAAGGCCACCGCAUUUUUAUAAUAAUUAUUGUGUCAAUCAGUGGCUUUCAUAAACAAAUGAAUUAAUCAAGUGAUGUAUGGGGAAAAAAAUAAGUUUUAGGCUAUUUUUGAAUAGGUUUGGUGUUGUGUAGCCUUGGGCUCAUAUGUUUUAGGUUUUCAUGCAACCACCUUACACGGGUAGAGGUAAGAAGGCAAACUAAAGGGUUGAUUUGCAGCAUUAAUUUGUGUUUUCUGUAUGAAAAAGAUGACACUGAAGAGUCCUCUUUGUAAAAAAAAAAGGUAUAUUUAAGGCCUUGUGUGUCCCUGAGAGAGUUAUUUUAUUUGUUAAAAAAAAUGUAAACAAUUUCAGGUAAAUAGUGAGCAUUGAUGAGGUGGAAAUCGAUGAUAUAUGUGUACGUUUUUUGUGCACUUAAUGUCGUCUACUAAUGGACUUGUUCAUAAAUUUUCUCAGUGUAUUUCUCGUUCAUUUUACAUUGUAGUUUUUCACUCUUCCAAACAACAGUGUAAUUGGUUCCAGUAAUUUCUUUUGUACUUCUAAUAUAUUUAAAGCCAUGUCAUCAUC